AUGCCUCACGGCUUUAUUGCUUCAUCUUUGGCACGGCAUGGCAAGUUUGAGCGCGGUCUGGAGACUGUGAAGGUCCAAAAGAACCAGAGAAGGAUGGUGAACAGCCAGGCGUCGGCGCUGCCCUCGGCCCAGCGCUCCUGUGCAGGAUGUGGAGGACAGAUCUGUGAUCGCUUCCUGCUCUUCUCUAUGGAGCGGUACUGGCACAACCGCUGCCUCAAGUGCUCCUGCUGCCACGCCCACCUGGGGGAGAUCGGCUCCUCCUGCUACAGCAAGGGAGGCAUGAUCCUCUGCAGGAGCGACUACAUCAGGUGA